AUGGCAGCAGUGACCAAUUCCAAUGUUUCGAGUGUGCCUACCAAGAUAGAGGUUGUUGAUCGAUUAACAGCAAGUAGUGAAAAAGUCACCACCACAUACGGUCUUUCUGACCAAGUCACUCUUUUACAACAUGACUCCGCAUUUUCCUCCUUAAUUGGCGAAGCUCCCUCACAUGCACUACUAUUUUCCACCGCCGGCGCAACAAACAACCCCUUCUUCCACGAAGCCUGUGUUUUGUUACCCGAGCACGAUGAACUCUACAUCACAUCCAACCUUCUACAAGCCACUAGCUCCGGAAAUUUCCCUACCAUCCUGAUAUCUCGAGUGAAACUCCAUCGCCAUGAGGACGGCAGUAUCAAGUCUGCUGAGUGGGCCAAAAUGCGUCCGCCGCCUGGAAUAGAUAUGCCGAAUGGAGGUGUCAAUUACCGAGACGGGAUUCUCUUUUGUGCUCAAGGAAAUGGAAGUGCGGGCUCGGGAGGUAUUUACUAUAUGCCGCGCUCAGCACCUCCAAAACCUAUGGUGACCAAUUUUCACGGUCGAGAGUUCAAUUCGGUGAAUGAUGUUGUAGUGGCUAAAGAUGAUAGCAUUUGGUUUACCGAUCCAUGCUAUGGAUGGGAGCAAGAUUUCCGACCCAAACCUAAAUUACCCUGCCAGGUCUAUAGAUUUGACCCUGUUACUGGAAGCAUUAGAGUGGUGGCCGAUGGAUUUGGUAGACCCAAUGGGAUUGCUUUCUCAGUAGAUGAGUCUAUAAUUUAUAUUACGGAUACCGAUCAACUUCAUGGGGAUGGAACUGGGGAUUUAAUGCGUCCUGCAACAAUCUACGCUUUCGAUAUUCACACAUCAUCAGGUGCACCUUUCCUCAUCAACCGAAGAGUUUUCGCAUAUGCAGCAGAUGGCUUUCCAGACGGCAUCAAAUGUGAUACUCACGGUAACGUAUAUUCUGGCUGUGGCGAUGGUGUUGAAGUUUGGAAUUCAGCUGGAACCUCGAUUGGUACAAUUUUAGUUCCCGGCGGUGUAGCGAAUUUUUGUUUUGGAAAGGAUGGAGAAAUGUUCUUGUGCGCGGAGCAGAAACUUUGGAGAUUACAGUUGGCAAGGACGACAAAGGGCGCAUUGCUUGGUAUUUAG